AUGGGCCGCGGUACAAAACUUAUCAAGGACCAUCAGAAGAAGGAGAAAGCAAAGAAGACCUUACAAACUCAACGUCUACAGGAGUCCAAUGUAGUUGCGUCCACGAAGCAAAGCAGCACUCCACACAAAGUAAAGCACCAUUGCCGUGGCGGAAACGAAGAACAUGCAUUCGACGAGAAGCGAUGCAUCAAGUUGGAACACGAAGCCUUCUGUCCUAUCUGCUUCGAUCGAUUCUCAUACAGAGCGGGUUGCAAUACGCAUGGCUUCAGUAAAGAAGAUUUGAUUCCUCAAAUUCCUCACAACCAAGAGGAACUUACUAGAAAAUUCGACGCCUUUGGAUUAGUCGGACCAGACGCCAAGGUACGAGCAACUAUGGCUCAGCUGGUAAUCGAGAUCGUGGAUGGCAAUGUCGAGAUCAAGCAAGACCUACGUAAACAACAACCAGAACCAGUUGCCAGACCAGAACUAGUUGAUAGAAGACAAGAUCGUACCGCAGGUCCGAGAAGAACUCAAGUCCCGACUGUUCAAAGAGCUGAGGACGCUCCUCUUGGACGACAACCAGAGACACCGGUCACAGCUGCAGAUGUUCGACCUGCCAUGCCACAAAACAACCAGGAGAUCAUGAGAAAUAAUCCUGCUGAGCCAAUUGCAAAUCAGCAAGAUGCUACAGACAUUCCUCCUCAAGUCCCCGGCACUCCUACCAAAACACAAACCCCGUCGACUCACGCAUCCAGAACUCUCGGCAAAAACAGAACCCCACAAAGUGUUCCCCUUGGUGGCUGGCUAGCUCAGCGAUUCAGAGGAACUAAAGGCACGAAUCGUGGACCUCGACUUCGAGCUCCUGUCGAAGCAUCCUUGAAGUAA